ACAAUAAAUGCUACCGGUUCUCACCGGUAACGAACUCACGAAAGUAACAAACAUUAGUACCGCCACCACCGAGUCGAUGACCACACGGACGUAUUUCGAUGAUACACUGCGUCGUGUGGGUAAUGUAGUUCCUACCGGUCCAAAUGCGGACGUGAAUUCUUGCUCUGAACUCCAAUUCCCAGCUACAGACAUUUGUGCAACGCAACAGGCGCGUCGUUCAGAAACAGUCUUGUUUGUGUGGAGCAGCAAGUCUGGAACAUGUCGGGGCAAGUACUGUCGCUCAAAAGUACCGUGAAACCAUUGGAACCACGGUGCUUAUGUGUAGUUGCAUGUAUUUAGGCAGACAAUGAGUUAUUGUUUUCACGCGUUCUGUGUGACAGUCGCCAGAAUGUUCCUUGUAAAACGCGUGGUGUGUGUCAGAGGCAUCGUGUGGCUUCAGUGCACCUCCCUCCCUCUGCGAAACUUCUCCGCUUGCCAUCGCCUCGGAUCCCCCAAGAGACGCAGCCCCUACAGCUCAGAGGACAGCGAGCGCUACUCUUCUCUGGUGAGGUCAGUCGCGUCCUGCAGGGUCAGCUCCCAAACCCCGGAGACCCUCCGAGCGGAAGACGAGCUCGUUUAUGGACGCGUUGUGAAAGCUGCAAUGCCCUCCACGAAACCACAGACGAGGGAACCUACAAGGCUUCAUCCGUUCUCACUCAGUCAAAAGACGACCGACACACAGGAGCCCGAGUCAGAACCUCCGGUCCGGAUCGUUUUAAAUCGGGGCCAAGGCGGGUCCUCGGCACCGAGUGUGACCCGCAUUCUUCAGCAGACGCUCUCCCCGGAGCAGACCUUCUAUCUGGAGAGGUGGAAGAGGAGGAUGAUCGAAGAGCUUGGAGAGGAUGGCUUCAAAGAAUACAGUCAGAAAUUAUUUAGUCAAGGGAAGCUUUUCCAUUCCACUGUGGAUGCCCUUCUGACGUCAAGUGCAACAGGGACGGACGAGCAUCCAUUGUGUCUGUCUGAGGUUCAGGGAUACAUGGAGAGCAUCUCUCACGUACUGGAAGAUGUCAGCGCAGUGAGAGCUAUUGAAAGCACUGUAAAACACGACACUCUGAACUACCUGGGGAUUGUGGAUUGCGUCGCUCGCUACAGAGGUGUACUAUGUGUUAUUGACUGGAAGACUUCAGAGAAGCCCAAGCCAUUCCUGAGCAACACGUACGACAACCCUAUUCAAGUGGCAGCCUACGCUGGGGCUUUGAACGAUGACGGCAACUACAAAUACCAGGUGGACCAUGGACUCAUUGUAGUGGCCUACAAGGACGGCUCACCUGCCCACGCUCACCAGCUGAGCUCAGAGCUGAUGCUACAGUACUGGAAGACUUGGCUUCUACGUCUUGAAAAGUUCACAGUACAAAGAUCCUGUGAUACAUCGACUGCUCUUUCAGAAAAGAGAUGAGAUCUGCAAGGGCACGUCCAUGUGUCACCUUAUUUCAGUUUCAGGCAACUGUACCUGAAGAGAAAAUAUAACAUGCUUGAUGCUUCAAUUGAGGAGGGCAAAACAAUAGUUUUUUACCCUGUUGACUAGCAAUCAAUCUAAUUUAAUCUCACCCCUUUUCUGUGCUGCAAAUUUCACUCAAAUUCUGAACCUAAUUUGGCAAUGGACCUCAUCAGUUAUUUACAAUAUAUUACAUUUAUUUCUUACCCUUCUUUUAAAUACCUAAAAAAUCUUUAAAUCCUACCCAGGCUUUUCUGUAUGAAGGAUCUUCAGUAAAGCCCAAGUAUUUAAAAAGGCUGUAGGAGACCACGUUCUCCUCCUUUAUGAAGCAGUACACGGGAUAGACCUGAGUGUGGAGUCUCUUGGCCAUGGUACUGACCAGGACUUUGGCGUAGCCUUUCCCUCUGUGCUCUGGCAGAGUGAACAGCAGGGAGGGGAGGUUUGCAAUCAUGUUGCAGAUCAUCCUAGCAGCCACCUUGUCCUCUCCAAACUUCCAAGUCUGACUCACCAAGCAAAUGUGGGAUUCAUCCAGAGAGCCGAGGGAGAUCCCUGAGCUGAUGCAGAGCAGAAAGAGAAGAAUCACAUUUUAUUAACAAAAUAUUAGACCCAAAAUAAUGAUCUAUAAUGACUUGACACAAGAAUUAAGAUGUUAUGUAUUGGCUCUACCUGUCUAUAGAGGGAAGCUUGGAUACAUCCUCUAACAUCACCAUGUGACACACUGCCAGUUUGUUGCACAUUUUUUUCUGAUGCCACUGCUGUGCAUAUCUCCAUGUGGUGAAGGUUGAUUCCUUGGACAGAAGAAAGGAUUUUUUUGUUCUUGUUUUACUAUUUCAUCUGGUAUUUGUAUUUCUUUUGAGUACUAGGAAACUGUAUUAUUUAAACAGGAUUAAAGAUUCCUGUGUCAAAAUUUA